AUGCUAGCCUCUCCGACAAGACAGGUGUUCCACCAAACUGACCGCGACCAGGCCGCCGACCAUUUCUUUAAAUGGGCCUCCUCCGAGCACUGGAACCCCGGCCACAAGGGUCUCGACAUCAAACUCCUUCACAGCGCAGAUCCCAAAGGCUUCUUCUUCUCUACCGUCGAUCCUCCUUCCAACACCACCACCACGGAGCAACUCCACCCGGAAAAGGACGAAGUCGUCUCGAUUGUGAGCGCAGUCCGCUACGGAGAAGACCAAGGCUGGAUCGGGUACUACAUCGCAUCGCCCAAAUACCGCGGUAGGGGCUACGGCAUUGCCACCUGGAACCGCGCCAUUGACCACCUCACCCCAGACACCCGCGAGUCCAUCGGCCUUGACGGCGUCAUGACUCAGGUCGAGAACUACCGCAAGUCCGGGUUCACACAGUCGUCCUGGUUGAACGAACGUCGUCACGGAUCUGCGGUCGACCUUGUUGAGAAACAGGAACGCGAGUUGGCCGACAAGAUUUCCAGGAAUGAAGUUGAAGGGUUGGUGUUGUUGUCUGACCCACAAGUCGAUCUGGACCAACUCCCUGGAAUCGAGACCAAAUACUGUGGCCUGAAGCGUCCCCAGUUCGUCAAAGACUGGGCACUAUUCCACGCCAACCACCCUGAGGAACACCGCGUCGGCGUCGCAAUCCUCUCGUCCGAUAAGAAGGACGAGAAAUCCGGAAAGCCCCUCGUCCUGGGUUACGCCUGCGUUCGUCCCGCCAUCUCUUCCUACCGCGUGGGUCCCGUCUACGCCGUCGACGGCGACGUCGCCAAAAAGUUGCUCGUCAAGCUGGCUGUUGACGUGGUGUCGGCCGAGAAGCAGUCCCCCCUGGGUGUGCCCUUGAUGUUCGAUAUCGACAUUCCCGACAAGAACCCUGCAGCCGUCAAGAUGUUUGAUGGCCUCGGCUGGAAGAACACGUUCCCUUGUCUGAGGAUGUGGAAGGGCAAGAUCCCUGACCAUGAUGUCAACGGCGUCUUUGGCGUCACCACCCUCGAGGUCGGUUAA